AUGGCUUCGUCUUCUUCCCUUUUCUCUCCGGUCACCACCGGCUCAUUUCAUUCGCAUCUCAAAUGCUUCACAGGCGGUUUCUCCUCCCCUCAAACACCCCUUUCAUUCCAUAAAAACAGCCGGAGUUACUACCUGAGAUGCAGCUUUUCUCCCGAGGACAUACCUGUCGAUUUAGUUGGGCAAUCUCUGUCUCACCUCCCUGCUUUCAACGAUACCCAGAGAUGGGCAUUCCUUGCAUCCGCCGGACUUGUCUGGUUUUACCUUACGGCGAGGCCUGGUGUCCUCGUAGGCGCGAUUGACGCAUACCUCCUGGCUCCACUCCAGCUUGGCCUUGACACUCUGAUAGGGACAAGGGGGUUUAAGAGGUCCGAUUUCUUGGUAACAGAGAAGCUAGGGGAAGGCUCUUUCGGGGUCGUAUAUUCGGGAGUCCUUCUCCCAAAGAAUUCGAGUGUGGAUGAGGCUAGGCUUAUGAACAAGUCUACACUUAAAUCUUUGGGGGAAUUUAAGGAGAGAGUCAUCCUCAAGAAGGUGAAGCUUGGGGUACGAGGGGCGCAGGAAUUCGGGGACUACGAAGAGUGGUUCAACUACAGACUCUCAAGGGCGGCUCCUGACACCUGCGCUGAGUUUCUCGGUAGCUUUGUCGCCGACAAGACCAAUACUAUCUUUACUAAAGGCGGCAAAUGGCUCGUCUGGAGGUUCGAGGGAGACCGUGAUCUCGCUGAUUACAUGAAAGAUCGGAGCUUCCCUUCCAAUCUGGAGUCCAUCAUGUUUGGGCGUGUUCUUCAAGGUGUUGAAUCUGUGAAACGUAGUGCACUGAUCAUAAAGCAGAUCAUGCGCCAGAUCAUUACAUCUCUCAGGAAGAUCCAUGAUACAGGCAUUGUUCACAGGGACGUGAAGCCCGCCAACUUGGUUGUUACUAAGAAGGGGCAGAUUAAGCUCAUUGACUUCGGUGCUGCUGCUGAUCUUCGCAUCGGCAAGAAUUACAUCCCCCAACGCACUCUGCUUGAUCCUGACUACUGUCCUCCUGAGCUCUAUGUCCUCCCCGAGGAAACCCCUAGUCCUCCUCCCGAGCCUAUUGCCGCUUUGCUCUCCCCCAUUCUCUGGCAGUUGAACAGUCCGGAUCUGUUUGAUAUGUAUUCUGCUGGGAUAGUGCUUCUGCAAAUGGCGGUUCCAACCUUAAGAUCUUCUGCAGGUCUGAAGAAUUUCAAUCUUGAGAUCAAGUCAGUUGAAUAUGACCUUAAUAGAUGGCGGGACAGGACUCGGACUAGGCCUGACUUGACCAUCCUAGAUCUCGAUUCGGGCAGAGGGUGGGACCUCGUCACUAAACUUAUAUCCGAGAGAGGUUCUCUGCGACGCGGACGCCUUUCAGCCUCCGCUGCUCUCCGACAUCCUUACUUUCUCUUGGGUGGUGAUCAAGCCGCUGCUGUUCUUUCGAAGCUCAGUUUCAGCAAGUAA